AUGGCCUACGCUAAGAUUCUCUCAGAGUACUCUUGCAAUCAGUAUGCAAGGUAUGACACGCGGUCUUGGCUCAUCAGCCGAAAUGCAGCACGGGAUGCGAGCCUUCCCUGGGCCUUGAAGGGAUGUGGCCAGCUGCUUGCUGUCAAUGUCAGGAUAUGGGAGAAGGUCUCGGGAGCCUUGGGCUCCAUCCGUGCCCUGCGCAUCGAGCCUCCAAGCUGCCAGCUCCAGCCUUCCUUCGUUCCGGAGACCACGUUCUAUGUGGUGGACUGUCCAGAGCAGGUGAAGGAGAUCACCAUCAACGCAGAGAGUGUAUUCCCGCUUUUUGCACAUGGUGCGCUGCUGAAACAGCCUCGGAUUGUGCAGCAGCUCGGUGCCGGCAGUGCCAAAGUGGUGGUCUUGCGCGCCUGCACGAACGCUGCGGGCGCUGCGUGCCGCCACUACACGUUGGACCUGCACCGUAAGGGCUCCAGCGAAGCCCUGCUGGCCGAGUUGCUCGUAACCAGCGGAGGUGUGGACGUGCCGCUCUCCCCACCUUUCCAUCCCUCGGUGAGCCUCUACCGCACAGAUGUGCCGUUUGGUAGCGCCUCGACAAAUGUCGUGGCCUCGGCGGGCAAAGGUGGCUUCGUCUCUUUCGCCUCCUUUGCCGCGGCCGACCAGCACAGCCAGUCUCUGGAUGUGAAGGUGCCGGCGAAGGCGUCUUCCUGGGGCUCCGAGGAGAUUCCGUCCCACUGGCAAGCCCUGACGACUCUGAAGGUCUUCGUGGUCUCGGCGGAUUGGACUGGAAAGAUGGAGUACACCGUGCAAUUCGGGCGUGCACCCAAUGCCGACGCAUCGCUUGCAACGAUCGCAUCCAACGUUGGCGCGCCAUACCCGGUCGGGGAGCCGGAUUUGCGAAGGUACAUGCUGGCUGUUCCGCGAGGGACACGAGAGGUGGCGCUGAGCGCCACUGCAAUGGACAAGGAGGGAGCACAGGUCAAAUUGGAUGGCCAGCACGGUCGUGGCUAUGCAUCUGCUGUCCUCAAGCUCAACCCUUCCGCACCAUACAAGAGGGUAACGAUCAGAGUAAAGGCCGCGGAUGAGGUCACUAUCAAGAGCUACCUUCUGGUUGUCGCCAUGACCGACCACAGUGAGUGGGCUAUGUUGGAGGACUUGGUGGUCCCCAGCUGCGAGGGAGGCCUCAGGCCAGAUUUUGAAAUGGACGUCUUCCACUACCGCUGUCUCUUGGCCAAUGAUGUCGAAGCUCUCGAGGUGAUCCCGACCGUCAUGUGGAUGCCAGCCUUCAACCAGCAGCUGCAGAUCCACAUCAAGGACAAGGAGUGGAAAAGUGGCAACGUGUUCCAGCAGCCUCUCAGCGAUGACGGAAAGGCAGAGGUCGACAUCACUGUCCUGGCUUCGGACCAUAAGCACAAGGCAACGUAUCAUGUCUCUGCACAAGGCUCUCCUUUGAACGAGCGCGGCCGACUUUUCACUACACUGGAGCCGCCGCCGAAGGAGGCUCCCAUCAAGCAGAGGCCCCAGUACCGCUUCCGCUCCACU